GUCACAGUCGAUGCACGAAACCCAGCUGGUGGUUGUUGCAGUGCCGCUCACUGGCCUUACCUCUCGCCUCUUGCCUCACCUGGGAUAAUUGCAUUCACUCGCACACAAAGGACGGUCGCGACAGGACCUAUUGGAAUCGAGUUCUGCCACGAGACCCCAGAUCCUGCGAUGAAAACCCGUCAAGUGCAGACGAGAUCCACGUCAAUGGCUUCCUGCCGGUCGAAGCAAUGGGUUCCAACUGUCCCCGGGAUACCCUGCGAGCGGGAGCGGAAGCAUGAGAUGGCGGCGCGUGAACGGGAGGAGCAGGUGAAGCGGGACAGGGCGUUGGCGGCGGCAGCAGCGGCCGCUCAGCGGGUGCGGCAGCAUCGCAUGGUCAGUGGCGAUAGGAAUCAACCAUCCAAUCGGGGCAGGACAAUGGCAGGAGCGGGAAAAAGCAGGCCAGGAUCAGGAAUCAGUAAGAUAUACGGCGGCAGUGGAUCAAAAGGAUCAAAAGGAGCACCCUCGGAAGCUCCACACAAACCCGAGUCGGCAGCCACAACUACUGAACCAGAGCACCGGACUCCAGAAAUCUCUGAGGAAUCCUCCAUGAAUCCCCAGGAUUCUGCUCCUUCCAAAAUGGAUUCCCGGCUUAGCAGCGAUGUCAAGGCGGAUCGCCUAAGGAUUCAGCUCGAAGAGCUGACCCAGCUGCCAGAGCAGCAAUUCGAGCAAGGAUUCCGUAAGUGGCUGGACCAGGAGGGCAUAGCCCGGGAAAUGCAUUCCCACCUAAGGGCAGAGCUCAUCAAUUGCUUUAAUAACACGGCUUUGGGACAGCUCCUAAACAAGGCCGCCGGCCUGCAAAUGUCCCAAUCGCAUGCCCUGCUUACCUCACCACUGGCCAUGGCAUUGCCCACUUUGGUGGCAGAGUUCCUGCACUCCCAGAACUGUCACUUCACUUUGUCCGUCUUCUGCAGCGAAAUGCCCCAUCGUCAUACUUUGCCCAAAUUCGAGAAUCGUCCAGAGUUCCGCUUCCGUACGGAUGAACUGCAGCAGGUUUUAAGUGCCGUACUAGGUGGUGGUGACCAAGAACUCCAACCUGAUCCGGAGUUUAACCGCUUGGUGGAGGGUCACUACGAGGAGGAUUUGGCGGGUCAAACCCAGAGUCUGCUAAUGGCUCUCGUGCGUUCAUUGGUGGAGACCAAGAAGCUGGUAAUUUCCCAAGAGAAGAUUAAGGUCACCCCCAUUGAUUGUGCCUCUCAAACGGAGCCGGCUGCCUGCCUGGAAGCUCGUCCCGAGGUGGACACCAGUCGCCUCUAUCAAACCGAAGAGCAGGAGCUAAUCCUCGGAGCCGAUGGCCGGAGUGUCUUUGUGGGGCCUCGCGUCUCCCAAUCCCUGCAUGCUGUCGAACAACAAAUGGCAGACUUAAUGAAAAAUCUACGCCUGCUAACCAAAUCCUGUGCACCGCCAGUGGAGGUGAUAUCCGAGGAAUCCUUCGAGCAACUCCUGAAGAAGGAACUCCGUGAACGUGAUCGUCUGACCAAGGCGGGGAAGAGUUUCAAUCCCGGUGAGCCGGUGAUCAAGUUGCCGGAAAAGCCACCCAAAAAGAAGGUCAAACCGAGCCAAGAGGAUGAAGUGGUCAACUCUGAAAUGGGUCCCAUUAUAUUACCCGCUGGUGAGGUGGAACUACCCCGAGUGCUGCCCCUGCAUCCGGAGCAAUUCUCCAGCCUGGCUGUGAUCCGGCAAUCCUUGGAUAAUGCCCAAAAGAAAACCAGACAGCCGCAAGCCCGGAUGUAUGUUUCCGUUCAACGCAUGGAGACUUUGAUGAGCGAUGUCAGCGGUUGCGUCCAGUUGCUCGGGAAUGUGCUGAAUCUAUCCAUGGAGCAGGAAUAUGCAGUGGGGCAGCAGAAGGGCUUCAAAGAGGGCUACUUGGAGGGCUUCAGUCAUGGUCACUUUAUGGGCGUUCAGGAGGGACGACUAAGAGAGCAACAUGAUCGCUUGAAAAACAAAAAGGAAACCUCAACUCAGGUGAAAGAAAAGUCCCUAAGGAGUAAAGCCACCCAGACGAGUAGGAAGAGAUUGACGCCCAAGAAUCACAUUUACAUACAAACGGAUGCCAAGUCCAUGGGCGAUGCCACCACCCAAGUUUACAUGGAGGUGAAAAGGACCUACGAACAAUGGAUCCAUGAGAUGCUGCACAGUGCCAGUGGUCAGUUGUUUCUCGAACGGGUGGAACUCUCCCUCAACAAGGCUCUCAAGUUGCAGAAACAGCGAUUGGACGAACUCUAUUUGGUGAAGUUAAGACACCAAGCAGAGAUCUUAAGACUUACCAGAAGACAAAACUCUUGGCGGACCAUGUGCCGGCGCGUUCAACGUGAUUCCCAUUUAUCCGCCGAGACUCAGGAACUUGUCCAGAAAAUCUUCCGCCUGCUGGAGCAUUAUGAGACCCAUCACCGUCUCCUGGUGGAGAAGAUUCAACAGACUGAGAUGGCCGCCGAGCAGGCCACUUGCAUUGUGCCCAUGUGGACUGGUCAGGAGAGUAAUCCAGCUGUUGAGGCUUCUUCUUCAGCUGCUACGGUUAAGGUAAACCUGGCUCUUCCUUCAUCCUCCUUGGCAGUCACAUCCUGCGAGGUAUCCAAGCCCAUACAGCCCAGUCAUCCUGUACAGUUGCCUGUUCAUCAUCCUGCUCCUUCAUUGGAGGUUAUGCCUCAUCCAUAUCCGGGUUUGACUUAUCAAUUGGUAGCUGUGGCACCAACAAGUGGCAUACCAGUUCCUGCGGCUUAUAUACCCGUUGAACCACGUCUGGCAUCACAUUAUAGAUAUUACAGGAACUCCGAUUCCAGUGAUCCUGUGGAUGUAACAGGAGCAGGAGGUCUUUCUGCCAGGACUAAUAAUCAUGGCAGGAAAUCGAUACUACCCAAAGAUACUUCAGUUAGCUCUCCUGAGACUCUUCCUGUUGCGAGUAAACUAGAUGCCGCUCCGCCAAGUCCUAAUACCCAAUCUCCCAAAAAUGAAGCUAAUGUUUCUCCGGCAAAAGUUGCCAGGGAGGAACCCCAACCGGCAAGGGUCAAAGCUGCAGAGGAAGCACCUUCCCCUGUCAUUGCUCCUGCUUCAGGAUCUUCUCAGCAAUUAAAGGAAACUCCACUUCAACCCUCUUCACCCCUAAAACCCCCUGUAAAACCUUUAGUACAUGAUGUGGCCACAAAUACCAUAGAACCUGCACCACCACAACCCAUACUAUCCCUAGGUCAAUCGAUCCAAGGACCAAGCUUUGAAGAGGCUCUGCUCAGUGCCAAGAAUCGCAUGAAGCAGCUGGAAGAGGAAAGUGACCUCCUGGAGCAAAGCUUUCUCAGUUAUCUGGAGAAGGCAAAGGCCACAGCAAUUACAAACAACCAGAAAUCCCACAAAGAACCCCUUAAACCACGUAAAAUUCCACCAAUCUCUCAAUUAAGAGAGCAGCAGGAACAAUUAGAUCGCACUUUGGACACCUUCAUGGUUCAGCAUCGAAGUAUACGCCUAGAAGAUUCAACUCUCAGACAGGAGGAACUGCAAAAUCAGCCUCCCACGGUGGACUCCAAGUUAUCCUCACCCAUCUGGCUAUCGGAGGUAGAGGAGAACCCUGGCCAGGACAAGUAUCACUUUACAAAUGCCAUUUCCGAGGCUCGAAAAAAACUGCUGGCAGAGAUUAAUCUGGAGAAGAAGGUGGCAGAGAUAGAGCAACAGGAGCAGAAGGAGAAACUCCAGCCACCGACUGAAUGGAUACCAGCAGAGAUGCCCAAGGUUUUGAGUGUUGUCAAACCCACGGAACUUUCCGAUAUUACACCCUCGAGGAGCAGCAGCAAUGAUGAGAUGAGAUCGCUCCUUCGGCGAGCUAAGAAUGCUCUGGGCCUGCGAUCCCCUAAUCCCCUUUUGGAUAGCAGCACCGAUAGCUCCAGCCUGGAGGAUCCCUCCCUGAAAGUGACCCGUUCGCCUAGUCAAAAGCUGCAGCAAUCCAUGGCCAAAAUGGAGCUACUUUUCGGUGGUCCUUUGGUGUCAAGUAAAACCAAGAUGCAAAAAUCUUCAAAGCUAAAUAAAUCUGCAGCGAGACCUUUUAGUGCUCCUACGACAGGAGCGGAGAAUGUGAGACUUGUGCCACCACGACCCCACACUGCACCCACUCUGUAUCCCAUCCAGGAAUCACAGCAAUCUCCUGGCCUCCAGGUGGAGAUCAGCACAAGUACCAGCACCAGUACAUCCCAAAGUAGCCUGCCCAGGGUGAGAUCACCUUGUGGAUCAUUCGAGGAGCUGGUUGACAGUGCAGUAAUGGGUCCAGAUACCACACCAGAGGUCUCAUUUAGUCAAGAUUUCUGGAAACGCAUGAACUUGUAGUUUAAGAUUUUACGGAAUUACUGUUGUUAGACAUUGUAUAAUUGUAAAUAUGUGUAAAUAUAAACAGAGGCCACCAACAGUGAGUGGUAUUUACCAAGAAUAAA